AUUGAAAAAAUCGAUCGAUUAAUCGAAAUUCAUCAUCAAUAUCAACGAUUGUAAUUGAAAAAAAAAAUUUAAAAUGGAAUCACCAAUACCGAUCAUCACUACUACCAUUACUAACAGUUCUGAUACGAAUGAAAUAUUCCAUUCAUGGACGGAAAUGAUUCUAACAUUAUUCUUCGAUAAUCAUCCAAUUGAUGUACAAAAAUUAGCAAAAUUUUUUCGAGAUAAUUGGCAAAUAACCCUUUAUUAUUCAACAUUAUAUAUUAUAUUGGUUAUGGCCGGAACCAGAUGGAUGUUCAAUCGACAACCAUAUAAUCUACGUUUAUUAUUAGCCAUAUGGAGUGGAACAUUAUCAAUAUUUUCCAUAUUAGGCACAAUAAAUACAUGGCCAGAAUUUAUUCAUUUAUUUUGGACAAAAGGAUUCGUAUCAACAUAUUGUGAUAAUUCCUAUAUCAAUGAUAAUCGUUUAGUAUUCUGGUAUACAAUAUUUUCUGUAUCAAAAAUAUUCGAAUUAUUCGAUACGGCAUUCAUUGUGUUACGUAAACAAAAAUUAAUUACAUUACAUUGGAUACAUCAUAUACUUACAUUGGUUUAUACGUUCUAUAUAUUUGGUUUUACUGCCGCUACCGCUCGUUGGAUGGUAACAAUGAAUCUAGUUGUUCAUUCUAUUAUGUAUGGUUAUUAUGCAUUACGUGCAUUAAAAAUAUCGAUACCAAGACAGAUUGCAAUGGCAAUAACAAGUGCACAGAUCAUACAGAUGAUAUUCGGUUUAAUCAUACAUAGCCAUAUAACAUGGUUGAAAUUUUCUCCAAUUAAUCAUCAACAAUGUGAUUGUCCACGUGACGGUACCAUUUAUGGUUUACUUAUGUAUUUAUUAUAUUUUUAUUUUUUCGUUAAAUUUUUUAUCGAUUCAUAUGGUUUUAUGAAAACAAAAUCUAAGAAUAUGACGAAAACAAUGAAAAAAUCAAACGAAAUCCAUAAUAAUGAUAAAUAUGAUAAUUUGAUAUCCAAUAAUAUUUAUAACAAGAAUGGAUAUAUCGGCAAUUUUAAACCAUUGAUGGAUGAUAAUAAUAAUGACAACAACAACAACAACAACAACAACAACAAUAAUAAUAAUAAUAAUGACGAUGACGAUUGUGGUGACGUUACGCUUUAUUCAAUGGAUGGGCGUGUUUGA